AUGUCCAAACAAUUCCAUGUCAAAGCAAAACCUUUCAAUAAUCUAAUGUGGGCAACAACAACCUUCCAGAUGGGAGCCGCAUCUCUACCCCCAAUUUUCGUUCCACUCACAGAGUCUUGGGGUCGCCGACCAGGUUACCUUGUGGGCUACUCUCUAUAUUGGAUUUGGAUGUUUCCAUCUGCAUUUGCACCCAACCUUGCUACAUUGGUAGUUACUCGAUUCUUUGGAGGCGGCGCUGCUGCGUCUACCAUCAAUAUUGUGGGUGGUAUGAUUGCUGAUAUCUGGCCUGGAGGUGUAGCCCGCAGUCGACCUAUGUCCCUAUAUGUGUUCUCGCAGAUUGUUGAUAUAUCACCGGGUCCAUUUAUCGGUGGCAGUCUUCAAACCAUACAUGUCGGUAACCCAUGGAGAUGGAUUUUCUGGGUUCAACGAAUGUGGGGGUUAGCUUUGAUGCCAGUAUUUUGGUUCAUUAUUCGUGAAACUCGCGGUCAUGCCCUGUUGUCCAAGCGCGCCAGGAAGAUUCGUCAGGAGACAGGCCGUGUCGUUUACUCUCGAUUCGAACUAGAAAUGCCGAGUGCUUUACAACGACUCAAAGUCUCGACAGCACGCCCUACUCGCUUGUUUCUCACAGAACCCAUUGUAUUAUUCUUCACGCUCUGGGUUAGCUUCGCGUGGGGAAUCCUAUUUCUGUUCUUCGAUAGUGUGAGUCUCACGUUUCGCCAUAACUAUAAGAUGGAUACUUUCACAAUCACGCUUAUUGAGCUGGCCAUCUCUGUAGGUGCUGUUAUUGGUAUUUUUCUCAACCCAAUUCAAGACUGGCUUUAUGCACCCUCUGCCCAGAGAGAUCACGAAACCUCUGGCAAGCCUAUACCAGGAAGUAUCAUUUUCACCGCCGGAUUAUUCUGGUACGGCUGGGCUAGUGUCGGCGAUGGAAAACUGCACUGGAUUGUGCCUACACUUGGCAUUGGAUGUACCGGUGUUGGAAUCUAUUCCAUCUUGCUGUCGGUGCUGAACUAUAUCGCAGAUUCCUAUGAGAAGUAUGCCGCUUCAGCACUCUCGUCCACUUCUCUGGGGCGUAACAUCGCUAUGGAUGGGCUGGGACAUCGCUUGGGCUUCAUUGGCGCUGGUCUCUCUAUUGUGCCGGUGGUCCUUAUAGUGAAAGGUCCUGCGAUUCGACGACGGAGCCCGUUCAUGCGAGAGCCUAUGUUUGAAGAAGAUAGAUAG